CUCUGUCUCUCGUCUCAUGGUGGACGUCUCUCCCGUAACCUCCAUUCGCGACCUCAACAGAACCAAAUCCUACAAAUCCCUCUUCAGAAAAUGGUUUAGCUGUAAGCAGCCAUCGUCCCCUCCUGGCUCUCCCCUUCCCGUUCUUGAUCCCAAACACGACCUCCGACGGCGAACCCCAUCUCCUGAUCACCGGACUCAGGUCUCUGUUGAAGGAGGAAACCCAGAGGAGACGAGUACCGCGAAUGUUGUGAUUCAAAGUUUCAGAUCUUGCGAUGCCAGUUUGUUGAGAGGCCUUAAUGACGAUGCGAGCCCUACAGGUAAUUUAUGCAGACAUAAAAGCCUUGACAAGUGCUUUCCUUCUAUCUCUGCUCUCUCUAAGAACGUGAGCAGAAAGAGUCGCACCCCAGCGACGUCGCCGAUUGCUCGGAUUAACGUCAAGAGCAGGGAGAGGGAGAGGGAGAAGGAGAAAGAGAGCAAUGAUUCAGUGCAUAACAACCCUUGUACGCCCAAAAGCGCUCGUCGCAUUAUGUAUUCCAACUCAUCGGGUAUGCUUAAACCCCCACCAAUCGAGCAAGACCUCGAAUGCACCCUCGAAGAUUUGUGCUUUGGAUGCAAGAAAAAGGUCAACCUCACCAGACAUGUCCCCACACAUUCUGGGGAGGAUGUGGAGGAGGAGGAAGUGUUAACGAUAAAUGUAAAGCCAGGAUGGAGGAAAGGGACAAAAAUAAAAUUUGAAGGAAAAGCGAAUGAUGGGCUUGGAGCAUACGAAGAAGACGUGAUCUAUUGCGUCUCAGAGAAAAGGCACGACUUGUUUACAAGAGAAGGAGAUGAUUUGGAGCUGGGUCUGGAGAUUCCUUUGGUCAAGGCUCUCACUGGCUCUACAAUUUCAGUCCCACUGUUGGGGGGAAAACGCAUGGAUUUGACAAUGGAUGAUCAAAUCGUGUACCCUGGCUUUCGGACGAUAGUCAGAGGCUUAGGCAUGCCAAUGUCAAAUGAUCCUCAAAAGAGAGGGGACCUGAGAAUUACUUUCCUUGUACAGUUUCCCACACAGCUCACUCACGAUCAACGAUCCCAGGUUGUUAAUAUUUUACAAGAUUCCGGUCGAUUUACGACUUUCUGAUAUUUAUUUCUCUUCCAUGUUUGAGAUGCUUCUCUCUUAAAAGUAGAGUAGAAUUUCGGAUGGAGAUUCAUAGUGCAAAGCGAGAUAUUCCAUGUGAAGUUCCAUUUCAUAGUGCAAAUAGUAUAAAGGGUAAAUUGAAGGACGGCUU